AUGACAGAUCAUGCAAAAAAGCAGCACUCAAAUGAAUAUGAAGUAAAAGAGAAAGAAUAUAAAGACUAAAUAGCUACAUAAUAAAGUUAGUUAAAAUAGUAAGAUAUCACCUAAUUUAUGGUUUAAAAAAAAGUAUAAUCAUAUCCAAAGUUAAAUAAGAAUUAAUUACUUCUACUAUUAUCAAACUAUUAGCUUAAGAAAUGCUUCCUCUAUCGAUAUUAAAGUCAGUGCUAUUUUAGAAGCUCAUAAAUUUAUUAGAGUCUUAAUAUGAAAUUCCUAGAGUCACAUACAGCCUAAAAAACAUUCGAAUUAGUUUAAAAGUAGCUUGAAAAAUUUGAUAUAAGCACUAAAUAAUCAUAAAUAUAGGUAUUUUUAGUAACAAAUUCAGCAUUCAUAAUAGCAUUACUUGCUCUUAUCUUCUGA